AGAUUAUCGAGAGAACCCGGAGCUCGAUAAAUACGAUUCGGAACAUAUCGAUGAUGAUUCUCAAGUAGAAUUAUCACCAUCUAUUCGCAGGCAAGCAGAAUUAUUUAUGGAUAGAAUGAAUAGAAUGGACACGGAUACCGAACAAACCCCUGGUGUACUUACGUCCGAUAUAAAUGAUUUAAUCAAACCGAUUAACAAACGUCGUCGCCAUCGAGUCCCCGUGGAAAAUCAGGAGACGGAAAAUAUGGAGGACGAAGAAGAUGAAGAGGAUUAUAUGAACCUCGAAGAGAUCACUGAGGUCAAAGCUUCAUCAGUGAUCGAGUGGGUCAGGAUUCCAGCUGUGAGGAGAGGAAUUUAUCAACAAUUUAGCAACUUUUUAAGAACCUACGUCGAAGAUGGAAAAUCUGUUUACGGCCCUCGCAUCGAAGAACUUACGAGAGAUCAACUUCAUAGCCUCAAUGUCAAUUUCCAGCAUUUAUCGAAAAGUAAGCCGGUGCUGGCCCUUUUCCUUCAGGAAUCGCCUGAAGAAAUGUUGAAAAUCUUUGACGAGGCUGCGUACAACGUUAGCGUGCAAAAUCAUUCUGGAUAUAAGCAUCUUGGAAAAGAAACCUUAUACAGCGAUUAUCAAAAGAUAACCCUGCAAGAGAGUCCGGGAAUGGUUCCGGCUGGGCGUUUGCCUCGUCACAGAGAGAUCAUCUUGCUUGGCGACUUGAUAGAUUACGCAAAACGCGGUGAAGAAAUU